AUGGCGACGCAAUUAGCAACCCAUAAGCGCCUGCUAACAAGGUUCUCCAAUAGGUUAGAAAAUGUGGUAGGCAAAAUCCGGACGGAAAAACUAGAGGACCUUUCACUCGAUCCCAAUACCCCACGGGAAGGAAGGGCGGACAAUAUCGCCAAUAUAAUAAUAGAAGAAGCGAUCAAAGCAAUAGAAACAAUAAUGGAGAAGGCCCAACGACAAGCAUGGGCAUCACAGAAAGACCCGGAAAAUGGUCGAUCGGUGCAAAUGAGUUUAGUACAUGGGUCCGAAACAUUAUCGACAACAGUGAUGAGUUAUAUACAUGCGAAGCCAAUGGAGUUACCCAACAAUAUCCACUCCAGCAGGGCUGCUUUCAGGAAAUGGUCAAAUAGUAACUACUUGUCAGAUGCGCUAAAAGGAGAGGCCCGAGAGCAUGAAAUUCAGAGUCACCAAGGACAAUUACUCAGAGCAGUAGCGUGCCUGCAUAAAAAGAACAAUAACAGGGAAGCAGUCGUGAAUCAAUUGGUGGAACGAUUGGAAUUUUGCGCGCUGCGCACUCCGUCAAUGAGGGAUCAACGCUCGCUACUGGAGCAACUUCAAGCCAUCACCACCCAAUUACAGGAUAAGGGUGAAGACGUGAAUAGCUCGUGGCUAGUCAAGAAGGUUUUGGCUAGUUUCCGGAUUCUACCAAGAGGAGGGUCAUAA